CGACUAUCGUGGCCGCUUCCACCGCCGCCACAACUAGCAAGUAUCUUGGGAGCUCGACCAAAAAACUCUUCUAUUUUGGCUUCAAAAUACCAAAGCGGCCAUGGCUUCACUGCAAUCAGGCAAGGUUUGUAAUUUGGGUUUGGGAAGUGAAGCUGAUAGGCUACUUUGCUUGAUUUUGAAGAUUUACGCGGCAUUUUGAGUUAUUCAGGGGUAUUCAAAUUCAAUUCUGUGCCUCAUUUGUUUUUACUGAUAUUGAUCUCUGGAUAUACUCUUUUGCUGUUUCUAUAUAUUAAGAGUUUCAAUCCUUUUCCUUCCUCAAUACUUGUUAAAACUGUACUUAGUGGUAGUAAAAAUUAUAGCAUGGCAGUUAGGGUAACGGAUCAUAAGCCUGGGCGCAUGGUACUGAUGAUGAUGUACUUAAGCUGUGUUUUCUUCACUCUUUAACCACAUUCAUUUCAUAGUUCCAGGCAUACCAUAAAAGGGAAACUUGAUGAUAGCUACUGGUAGGAGAGAUUUAAGUGAUGUAUAACUGAUGUCAAAAUUCUUGUCUAUCACUCCUUGGAUUGUGGAUUUAUUAACUAAUAAAACACUCUUCAAAGAACUGGGAAAAAGGGGUGAGGAGGACUAGUUAUUGAUACUUGGUACAUAUCAAAGAAGGAGGUUAGGGUUCUUCAUGAUGGACUUUUAGAGGGAAAAGGAAUCUGUAAUUUGUGGAUUAGUUGUGUAUUAUUUAAUAAUAAUUCUGUACAGAGAUGUGCUAGUAUUUAUAUUAAUCUGUACAAAGCUGGUAACUAUCUAACUGUUAAAACUACCACAAGUAAAAGACAAAAACAGCAAAUAUGUACAAUUAAGAAGCAGAAAGUACUAUGUGACUGCAGCAUCCUUUCCCCUUAAAACUUCAAUGGUCUGAACAUGUGAUUACCAUUCAUAGGAAGUUAGGAACAAUCCAUUUGAGACCAGGACAACAUACUCUUUCAAAUGAAACUUUUGAAACCUGUGGUUUUUGUUGCUAUCUAGGAAAUUAUGGUUCAUUUAUCGAUCCUUACCUUGUGAUGUUUUCUGUGAUGCUGUAACUAGGAAUGUCUUCUGGGGCUAAAAUGCUGUACUUCUGAGCAUGUAUUAGCUUCUUUCACUUCAAACAAUAUUUUAUGUUUAAGAUGAUAUUUUAUAUUUUAUCAUUCCAGUAAGAAUAGAAGUACUUUAUAUUCCUCUUUAACUGACUUGAUUAUGAGAUCUUGAAGCCAGACAUUGAUAUUUCAACUUUUGGUAAUAUCAGGUGGGAAAAUCAUGUUUAUUUCUAAACUUUCCAAGCUCGGAGCUUGCACAGUUCAGAAAUAUAUAAAAGCAGCUCCAAUGGAUUCUAUGUCAAGAAAAGCACAUUUUUCUCUGGGUGAAUAUCAAAACUCACUGGCCUUGGUUAGUAUCUUAAGACCUUGAUGAAGAACUAGUUUAUAGUUCUUCAAAAUAUGCUUCGGUGAGGUGUUACCUUAAAGAGCUACUCGUAUGAAUUGAACUAUCCAUUCAUACAAUUGGAUUUUGAAGAAAUAGCGAAUGUUAUCAUACUUUUGUCCUUUUUUAUUCUUUUGUUUUGAUUAGUAUUAUUUACUUGCACGCAGAUGCUUAAGAGGUUCUCCACUACAGCAGCUGACAAUGCUUUUGAGAAAAAAGAUGAAGAACAGAAAAGAAUAUCAGUAACAUUCGUAGACCAGGAUGGAGACGAGAAGCAUAUCAAAGUUCCUGUGGGAAUGUCCAUGUUAGAGGCUGCACAUGAAAAUGAUGUGGAACUAGAAGGAGCAUGUGAAGCAUCCCUUGCCUGUUCAACUUGCCAUGUAAUCGUGAUGGAUGUUGAUUAUUACAAUAAAUUGGAAGAACCCACUGACGAGGAGAAUGAUAUGUUAGAUCUCGCUUUUGGCCUGAGUGAGACGUCCCGACUAGGGUGCCAGAUUAUCGCGAACCCAGAUAUUGAUGGAAUUCGAUUGGCAAUCCCAUCUGCCACAAGAAACUUUGCUGUUGAUGGCUACAAGCCCAAACCACACUAGUCAUACACAUUCAACCAUCAGUUUUGUAGCACUUUGAUAACUAUAAUAGGAGAAAAUAGUUCCAUAGACUCUUUUGCAGUGUCAUAUUCAUUAUACUGAAAAAUGCCCAAGCCUCAUCUCAUUAUUAGAUUUCUCUCGGGUACACUUGGAAUGUUUUAUCUACUACAUGCAUAUAUUUUGGAGCCAAAGUAAUUGCAUUGUUCACAUUUAUAUCUUCCGACCAGAAAGGCUUGAUCACGCUGUCCUAAUAAAACCUG